CACCCAGAAUCCUCCCAUCCUCGUCUUUGGCUCACUCUUGCAAGGCUUGGCUGUCAGAGAAGUAGAACAGGGAGAUCCAUCAGUCAUCCCAGAAUCGCUGCUUUGGGCAGCAUGGACAGGAGGUGCUUCGGCUGUGCAUCCAAGUUCUCUCUGCUUAAGAAAGAGCUCGGCUGUAAAUCGUGUGGCCAUUCGUUCUGCUCUGGAUGCCUCGGAUUCAGUGCGAUUCUCCCGCAGUGUGGUAACGCCAAGCAGAAGGUCUGCAAGAAAUGCCAUGACAAUAUCAGCAGUGGGGGCGCUCCCAAGAACAAUCCUGCAAAGUGGUCUCCACCUGAGAAUUACAAAAAGAGAAUUGCGGCUCUAGAAGCAAAGCAAAGCAAGAAGGACCCAGGUUUGCCCCAGACAGGGCCCAGUUCCAGAUACCAGGGCCUUCUACCUGAAGACAGAGCUAUAGCUGAACGACUGGAUAGACUCAAACAAGAGACGAAGCCCAAAACAGUCAGCUCCACAGCAGAGAUAGAAUCCAGACUAGAAGCUCUGCGCAAACACUCGCAGCAUCCAGUACCCUCCGUGCAGGAGAUGGAGGAUCGGCUGGCUGUACUGCAGGGUACAAACCCUCCGUCCAGGGCACCAAGACCGGUAUGUCCUUUGUCAGAUUAUGUUUACCAACCCCCUGAUACGAGAACUCCGACCCAGAAGGCUGACGACCUGCUAAGUCAACUGACGGACAAGGUAGCCAUCGAUCAGAGAUGGGAACCAGCUGCUCACACACAGGAAUUCAGCACUCAGCCAAUGAAUGACCUGAGCCGAGUCGAUGGAACGGACAGCUGGACAGAACAUAAUUCGGAGUUAAACUCUGCUUAUUUGGAAGAGGAGAAGCGCGAGCUCUUGGCUCAAGCUGCGGCAGAGUUGAGAGAGGAGAACACAAGGUCGGAGAAGAUACUUGACAUUGCAAAGAGACUGGCAGCGUUACAGGGGAGAGACCCAGACACAGUUACUAAGGACAGUUAUACUCUGCCAGACAGCGAUGAGGAAACCGACGAGGCGGCGAUCCAGAGAGUCCUGGGACAGCUUUCCGAGGAAGCAGUUUUAGAUGAAGCCAGUGGGUUUAACAUCCCCCCAAAUCAGAACAGUGGAACUGGAAGCACCCGCCAAGCAGGAAAGAUACUGCCACCCAAAAUGGUCCCUGCUCAGCCGUCCUCCACCAGGGCUCCUCUUGUAAGUUCUUCAAGGGAUAGUGACGAAGAAGAACUCCCCUGGUGCUGUAUCUGUAACGAGGAUGCCAUCCUCCGAUGCCAUGACUGUGACAAUGAUCUUUACUGCAGAAGAUGCUUCCGAGAAGGACACAAUGAGUUUGACUUGAAGGAGCAUCGGACGUCCAGUUACCGUCCACCACAGAAAAAGAGAGAGCGAUGAAGGGCUUUCAUCUAUUUAUUUAUUUAAGUACAGUGAAUUUGAUGCCAUGCUACAGGCUGUAAGAUCUAGGUACUCACAUACUGUUAUUAGAAUUAUCGAGCGAUGGCUGAGUAAUGUA